GCUUCAAUCGGAGCAAGAACGCGAAAGCUAUGAAGAUUCAAAGUUCAUGAGCUUGCGUUACAAUUGCGGCGGUUACUAAGUGAAGUUGUGGGGUGACUUUAUAUGGAGUUGGGACCUUUGGGGUUGGGGAAACUUGUCACUCUACUGUAACAGCUGCAAAUAGGUUGGGAACAACCAAGCUAGGUUGGCAAGGGUGGCCAACUUGGAUGGAUUGGUUGGGAAGGGACAAAGGUCAAAGUUGAGGUUCCUAUAGGGAGGGAAUCUUUGUGCUUAUGGGGUUUCCUUGGUUGGGGACUCUCUUGGGACCUCCCCUCUCAUCCCUCUCUUCCUAUCCCAACCUUUCUCUUGCUCCUUCUAAUUUCUUGUGAGAUUCUUGAACUUUGAUUGAACUCUUGAGAUUGAGUUAAGUUCUCCUCCUACAGCUUACCCCCUAAUGCGUCGAAAGCCAUAGCGUCGCGAAUACUUCAUCAAUCAACAUGAUUCAAAUUUGGAACGGUAGCUGAGAUUAAGAGCUACAACAUAUCCAAGUUUCGCGACAUUCCAACGGCUAGGUUUUCGUCGACGUCGUUUCUUGUGAAGACGACUUUUCUGUCCAGAAUUUCGGAUUUAUAUUUUGAGGAGCUGAGUGUGGACAGCAAAGGGGAGCUGAAAUUUUUCAUUUCUCAAGAAGGAGAUGAAUGAGAGAGGAGGAGAUGCUAAUGGAAGAGGAGCUGUAGCUGAGAAGACAAGGCGCGGCAGAGGAAGAGGGGGUUGGAGAGGCCGAGGCCGUGGGAGAAGCUUUGGCAGAGGUAGAGGCCGAGGUGACUAUAAUGAGGGGCAUGGGAGCUCCAGUGGCAGGGGGAGUACCAGAAUGGAGGGCACCUGCUGGUACUGCAAGAAGGUCGGGCAUCCUUGGUUCAAGUGCUUCAGCAGGCCGGAGGGAUGGGCACCUCCAGGCAUGAAGCCGCCAAGUGGUGAACGCGCACAAGGUGGCGCUGUGCAAGAUGAAGGUGCACAAGGUAACGCCUAUCCUGGGAUGUAUCUCAUGGUUGAGGAUGUGCAUGGGCAUGAGGGUGAUGUGGGAUCUGUCGGAAAGGUUGUGAUGCACCCUCUCACGCACUGGGUGAUUGAUUCGGGUUGCACCAGUCACAUGACCCCACGGGCAGAUUUGCUUGAUGAGGUAAAACCCCCUGGGAAGAUCAAGUAUGUGGCAGCAGCGUCAGGUGCUUUGCUCCCCGUGAUUGGUGUUGGGAAUGCCAAGGUUAAGGGAGCUAAUGGGGAGCUUGUGGGGCUUGGGAAUGUUUUGCUAGUUAAAGGCUUGUCUGCUAACCUUCUCUCUGUGCGGCGACUGCAGAAGAGUAAGGCCGAAGUGACCUUUGGACCAACCAGCUGCCGUGCUAAGCUUGGGAAGAAGGUGCUGUGGAGUCUGGAAGAUGAGACCAGCUGCAUCAAGGACCUGUGGCAGCUGCCCAUCAUCCCUUGGAAUGGGAAGACUCCAACAGCAGCAACGGCAGCAGCGGCAAAGGCAACAGCAGGAGGAGAUGCAACUGCACCAACUGAUGGGGUCCUGGAAGCAGUCAAGAAAGUGCAGAAGCAGCAGACACAUGGUGAGGUGCUUGCUGGUGUGGAUGCGAGUGCGGCAUGGGCUAAGGCUUCAUCAAGGAGUGGAGAGGCCGAUUGGGAGACAUGGCAUGAGAGGUUGUGUCAUGUGAACUUCCCUAUGCUGCAGAAGUUGGUGAAGAAUGGGAGCCUGAAGGGCUUGGAGGUGAAAGGGGCAGUGAAGGAGAUUGGGAGCUGCCCUACAUGCUUGGAGACCAAGUUCUCCAAGUUCCCCUUCAACAGCACUACAGGACCAGCCAAGACCCCACUUGCACUUGUGCACAUGGAUGUGGUGGGGCCCACAAGAGCCCCUUCCCUCUCAGGCAGCCGCUAUUUCUUGACAAUUGUGGAUGACCACACUCGGGCAGUGUGGGUUUACCCUUUGAAGAGCAAGGGGGAGGUGGCAGCGGCUGUCCUUAAGGAGUGGAUGUCGAGAGCUCAGAGGGAAUGCGGACACAAGGUGAAGGUGAUCCGCAGUGACAAUGGUGGGGAGUUCAUUGGAGCUGAUUUUGAGGGGGAGUUGAAGAGGAAGGGGAUCCAGCAUCAACUGACAGUGCCCUACAACCCGCAGCAGAAUGGCGUGGCUGAGAGGUUCAACAGGACCCUGCAGGAGGGGGCACGCACUCUCCUUGGGCGUGCAGGGCUGCCUGAUCCGUUUUGGGUGUCUGCACUGAGGCAGGUCGCCCUUGUGAAGAACAGGGUGCUGGCUACAGUUGGAGAUAAGGAGUGGAUCCCAUACGUCAAGUGGUAUGGGAGUGCUCCAGCUGUGAACAUGCUGAGGGCAUUUGGGUGCAUGGUGGUGUUUCAUGUGCCUAAGGAGAAAAGAGGGAAGUUGGAGGCUUCUGGAAGAUGGGGUGUGCACUUGGGGAUUGCAAAGGAUCACAAGGGAUGGCUGCUAUGGGACUUGACCACCCAGAAGCUGACAGUGUCAAGGGAUGUGAAGUUUCUUGAGUCCCUGUACUACAAGGAAUGGAAGCAGCAGCAACAGAAGCUUCCAUCUACACCACUCAUUGUGGAGGCAGAUGAGUUGCAGCAGCCUUCAAGACAGGUGGAGGUUGCAGUGUCUGAGGAGGAGAUGUCUGGGGUGACUGAAGAAGGGGGAGCAGCUGAAGUAGAGCAGCAGCAGCAGCAGCAUGAGUCUCCACCUCGAGUUCCACACCCGCCUGAGCGUCCUAGGAGGGAUGUGCGCCCUCUAGUGAGGCUGACCUAUGGGGGAAGAGGCAAGCCGAAUGUGGUGCAGGCUGGGAGUGUGGUUGAGCAGAUUGAGGAAGAUGAGAUCGCUCACUGCUACUGGGCACCAAUCCCUGAGCCCAAGACUCGAGAAGAGGCCUUGAAUGGACCAAAUGGGGAGAAGUGGAAGGCGAGUGAGGAUGAGGAGUUCGGGUCCCUAAUUGAGAACGAGACAUGGGACCUGUGUGACUUGCCUCCUGGAAAGAAGGCAAUCACUUCCAAGAUGAUCUACAGGCACAAGUAUGGACCUGAAGGGGAGCUGACCCGCUACAAGUCCAGGCUUGUGGCAAGGGGGUUUCAGCAGACAAAAGGGAAGGACUAUGAUGAGGUGUUUGCUCCUGUGGGGAAAGGAACAACACUGAGGGUGCUGUUAGCGAUAGCUGCACUCCUGGGAUGGAAGAUACGGCAGAUGGACAUUGUGACUGCUUUUCUGAAUGGGAUCAUUAUGGAGGAGGUGUACAUGAAGCAGCCAGAGGGGCUGGAUGAUGGGAGCGGCAGGGUCUGCAGGCUGAAGAAGGCAAUCUAUGGCCUUAAGCAGGCGCCUCGUGCAUGGUAUCACAAGUUGGAGGAGGCGCUGUUGGCUGGGGGUUUCAAGAAGAGUGAGUGUGACCCCAGCCUGUUCCUGCUGCAGGAGAAGGAUGAAAUCCUCAUGCUCUUGGUGUAUGUGGAUGAUAUCCUUCUCUUUUCUGCAUCCACUGCUUUGCUGGACAGCGCAGAGCAGAUGCUGGAGAUGCAGUUCAAGUGCUCCAAGAUGGGUGAGGUGAAGUACUACUUGGGGAUGCACGUGGAGAGAGAUGUGGAAAAGGGUGUGCUGAGGUUGCACCAGAGGAAGUACUGUGAGGGGCUGGCUGAGAAGUAUGGGCUGCAAGAUGGGGGAAAGCCAGCAACACCACUACCUUCAGGGUUUACUGUGGAGCCAUGUGCUGAUGAGGAGGUAGUGGGUGAGAGUGACAGGAAGCUGUUUCAUUCGAUGGUUGGGUCGCUGAAUUAUGCUGCAAAUCAUACACGGCCUGACAUUGCAUUUGCUACAUCACGACUGGCUAGCGUGGUUUCACGUCCUAGUCAUGAGCAGCUGGAAGCGGCCAAGAGGUUGGUCCGCUAUGUGAGUGCUACGGCAUCAGUGGGAUUGGAGUACAGUGGAGUGAGGCAGCGGUUGCAGAGAGGUGCUGCAGAUGUGAAGAGUGGAGAGAUGCUCUUGAUGAAGCUGGCCAAGAAUGCUUGUCUACAUGGGCUGACAAAACACAUAAGGCCUAAGUGGCAUUGGGUGAGGAGACUCCUUGAUAAGGAGCUAUGAAGAUUCAAAGUUCAUGAACUUGCGUUACAAUUGCGGCGGUUACUAAGUGAAAUUGUGGGGUGACUUUAUAUGGAGUUGGGACCUUUGGGGUUGGGGAAACUUGUCACUCUACUGUAACAGCUGCAAAUAGGUUGGGAACAACCAAGCUAGGUUGGCAAGGGUGGCCAACUUGGAUGGAUUGGUUGGGAAGGGACAAAGGUCAAAGUUGAGGUUCCUAUAGGGAGGGAAUCUUUGUGCUUAUGGGGUUUCCUUGGUUGGGGACUCUCUUGGGACCUCCCCUCUCAUCCCUCUCUUCCUAUCCCAACCUUUCUCUUGCUCCUUCUAAUUUCUUGUGAGAUUCUUGAACUUUGAUUGAACUCUUGAGAUUGAGUUAAGUUCUCCUCCUACAGCUUACCCCCUAAUGCGUCGAAAGCCAUAGCGUCGCGAAUACUUCAUCAAUCAACAUGAUUCAAAUUUGGAACGGUAGCUGAGAUUAAGAGCUACAACAUAUCCAAGUUUCGCGACAUUCCAACGGCUAGGUUUUCGUCGACGUCGUUUCUUGUGAAGACGACUUUUCUGUCCAGAAUUUCGGAUUUAUAUUUUGAGUAAUUCUAGCUCCUAAGUUCACCUAGACUCCGUCCUUAAUACUAACAAAGCAUGCUAGGAGCUUGUUGGACUUAGGGUCGAGGAGGUCUUAGUGAUCCGAGUGUGCUGGGAAGAUCGUGGUGACGCCUGCCCGUUGGAGCUCGUGUUGGGCCACGAGAUUGUGGCGUAGUGUGGGAACACACAUGCCGGUGACACUGUCCAAAGGGAAAGCUGGACACGGAAUUGUGGAGGAGCCCUUGGCAUGUGUUGUGAAACUGGAGUCUGCUCCUAGUAGACAGAUAGGUGACUCGUAUGGCUUGAAGGAGUGUUCUUUCUUGAGAACAGUGUGAGUGGCCCCACUAUCGAGGGUGAAGUCUAUUGUGGCUAAGGUGCUUUGUGAGCCAGGAAAGAGGGCAUCUAGGGCAUUCUUGUGCGUCGCUCGCUGCUCGGACAUCACGUCAGCAGUAAGAGCGGCGGGCUCUGGGAGAGUGGGAAAUAUGCCCAAAGUGUGGGCCACCUGGGCUUGGACGUCCCGGCAAAUAGACUUGAGCGGGUGGC